AUGAAUCAAUCAUCAUCUUCAUCAAAACCCCAUAACCACGAAUCCUCCACAGGUUGCCCGGAAACCUUACCUGUCCAAAAGAAGAAGAAGAAGAAGCAACAACACCGACUGAGGUCUAGAAAUCCAUUUCAAGAUCUCAAUUUUGGUGCCGGCAUUGCUAGCUCCGGCAACGACAACCACUGUCAUGACAGUUGCAGCAAUGCUUCUUCUUUAUCCUCUAUUGAAGCUCCCAAGGGUUGCCUCAGAUUCUUUCUCUCUCACGCUUCUUCUUCUUCUAAAACCCCUUUUACUAGUACUAGUCAAAGACCCACUAAAGUAAAACUCCUUUCCUCUAAAACUCCUAAGUCUGCCCCUAGUGUCCGUCCGGCGAAGGAGAACGUGUCGAGGCGAACCAUUUUUCGUAAACCCAUUUCUCAGAAGUUGGAGAAAGUUACGGUGGACCUUCCUCAAUCUGGAAGAAAUCCCAGCUCGAGGUAUGUUUCGAAUUCGAAACUUUCUUCAGUUUUGGACGGUAGUGCUAGUCGUGAAAAUAAAUUGAAAUCUGGUUCUAGAGAGUUGAAACAGUUAGUAGUUGAUGGAGUUAGCGACUGCCAUGGAUCAAAGUCGACUCCUUUAAAUAAGGUGGCAUGUGGGUCGGGUUUGAAUCUGGCAGUUGAGAUUAAGGUCAGAAAUGAGGAUGGUGAUAAUGAUAGAUCAAAUACUAAGACUAAUGUUAACACAAACUCAACAAGUUGCAAUAGUAAGACGCCCCCAGUUCAGGCCUCAGUAUCUCCAGAGAUACAAUGCGGGUCAUCCAUGGUGCCUGCGACAACGAAAACAAUCACCCCAGUUUGUUAUGGUGCUGGACAUGUUCUGUCAGGGAUCACUGACAAGAGGAAGUGUAGGCCUAGAGGGAUACUCACUGUAGGAGAAGCUAAGCCUUUUGAUUGUUUUGAUAGUGAAGAUGAAUCUGAACAAGAGAAUGCUCCAGAGAUUGUGAAGAGUAUUCCCAUGUUGCCUUUGCCUGCUGAGGCAUCAAUGCGUUGGCUUUUAUCUCCCUGUAAUGAGGAUGAGGAUCAAAAAGAGAUUUCUGAGGGUGGUUCAUGUUGUAUUCGGAGGUUAAAGGAGAGUGCCAUACUCAAAUUUCCAACUUCACCUCUGCAUGGCAAUAAUGUGUUCUCACCACAUUUAUUCAGUAAUUGCUCUGAUAAAAGUGUUUAUACUAUCAGUGGUGGGAGCAAAACAAGGAGGGCAUCUUUGCUUUCCCCUAAGGGAGGACUUAUGGGGCCUCCUUUGUUUGAUAAUAAAGCUGAUUUAUGUUCGGAAGAAGGGAGGAAGAACUUCUUUGAACUUGAUGAAGAGAACUCCCCAUUGUCCGUAGAUUCCUUGGGUAGUGGAAAUGUAGUUCGAACCCCUCAAUCUGACUCUAGCUCAGAUAGACGAGUUGGCAUGUCCUGGUUAAAUAAAGAUGAUGUUAUAGUGACACAUAACUUUGAUUGUGAACUCAAUUCUGUAGCUCAGUAUCUUCAGAUGGCUAGCUUAUCUCCCAAGAGCCAUGUGUCAAUAUGGGAUCCAACCAGUUCAAGUUUUCAGUUUGAUUGUUUAGCUACACCUUCCAAUUCUGUUGAUCUUUUGCAGUUUCAGAAAAUCUUGGAUGAUCGGGCUUCUUGGUUUUCUAAUUCAACAAUGGAAAAUGUGUCACAAUCUCAAAUGAGGAUAUCAUGGAGGGAGGGAUUGGUUAGUCGGAUCUUUGAGAUGGAUGAAUUUGAUUCAUGCCGAUGCUUAUCAGAUGAAGAGGAUGAUGCCAAGGGCUGCAACGAUGACUGCUUAAAAUCUCUCUGGAGUCCUGAUCUCAAUUUUAAUGCAGGGAAUGAGAAGUUUUCAACUAAUGGUUCUGUAUCUACCAUGUUUGUGGACAGUGAACAUGUAAUUGAUGGAAAAGCAAAGGAGGGGCGUCCACCUCAGGUACCAUGUUCAUGUGCAGAGUCUAUAAGCACUGAUGGCGAUGGUCUUGUUCGUUCAGAGGAUUCAGAUUGGACCUUAUGCUACAAAAACCGAUUAUUUCAAUAA